CGCGGCCAAUGCCGUCUGCGGAUUAAAGGGCGUGGCUCGGAAAGGAAACCAGGAUAAAGAAUAUUUCUGACAUUGCUCACGUCUAUUUUUAUAUACCUUUACAUAAAAGCAGGGACGCGCGGGUCUCCAUCAUCAGUCGACGCCUACACCUCGUCGGGUUCAAACCUCCUCCCGGAAGAUGAAAGUCUGGGUAUUGCUGCUGUUAUCGGUGACAUUAGCAGCCGCCGCCAAACAGAAGCGUUCGUUUGGAUUCGGAGGACCCGGCUUUGACUUCGGAGAUCCUGGAUUUGGCUUCGGAGGACCCGGAUUCGGGUUCGGAGGACCCGGACUCGGUUUCGGAGGACCUGGAUUCGGACCUGGAGGAUUUGGUGGACCUGGAUUUAUGGGAGGCUUCGGAGGGCCCGGCUUCGGGGGACCCGGCUUCGGAUCCGGCUUCGGGGGACCCGGCUUCGGAUCCGGCUUCGGAGGACCCGGCUUCGGACCGGGUUUCGGAGGCAAGCCUGGCACAAUGAGGGGAUAUGGAGAAAUGACCGAGAUUAAGGGACUUGGCCCUGGUGGUAAGGGGAAGGGGGUUGCUUGGAAGGAAACGGUUGUAUGGUAAUGAUUCCACGAGGAUUCCAAAAAUGGCUUCGCUGACGAAACUGAUCUUCAUACCGGAAAUUGAUGACUCACGUAAUCAUAUAAUGACUGCAGUCGUUACUAAACGCAGCCAUCAUAAUUCCCAUUUCAUUAUAUAAUUAAGUCAGAUUUUGUAAUUAUUUUUAUCCGAAAUACAUCUCUGCAAAAUGUACAA